AUGGUUUGGGGUGCUGAUGUUAAGAGUGAAUGUGUUGAAUGGUAUUUUAAGUUAGGGGAAAGUCCUGAAAGCGUUCGUAGAAAGUACAUGGCCGUGUAUCACCCCCGUAGCCCUCGUACACCCUGUCCAUCAGCAGAUUCUAUUAAACGCUGGGUUAUCGAGUUUCGUAGUCGUCGCCACUGCCUCAGAAAAGAAAAAGUGAAAACAAAGUAAGCACAACUAACAAAAUAACAUUUCUUUAGCUUUGUUGCCACUCCUGAAGUUGUUGCUAGAAUUGGGGAUGCUAUUGCCGACAAUCCGCGAAUAUCUGUAAGAGAAUUGAGCCGUUUUGAGGGUAUACCUUCGAAGAGUACAUGUAGUCGGAAAUUGCGCGAAGAUGGGUACCACCCAUACAAACUUCAAAAAGUGCAAGAAAUCUUGCCAAGGCACAUAGUACAACGUUUAUCGCAUUCAAAUGUUAUGCUUGAGCAGCUGCAAAACAACGAGGCGUUUUUGGAAGAGCUAGUUUUUAGCGAUGAAUCCACGUUUCAUAUCCAUGGCCGCUUAAAUUGUCAAAAUUCAAGGUGGUGGGCUAAAGAGAAUCUUCACUGGUGUGUAUCAGAGCCGCUGCAUUCUCCCAAAACGAAUGUGUGGGCAGCCAUCGGGUGGAACGGGGUUGUGGGGCCUUUUUUCAUUGAUGAAAACAUUAACGGGGCACGUUAUUUGGAGCUGUUAGAGCAAGAUGUGUUGCCACAGCUUCUACAGUGGCCAAAUUCAGGUACGAAAAACAAGCAAAAUACUAAUUUAUAUCUUUUUAGCUACUUUGGUGUACAUGCAUGAUGGGGCUCCGCCUCAUCAUAGCUUAGUUGUGCGCGAGUUUUUGAACACCCAUCUGCCGGGUCGCUGGAUGGGUCGGGAUAGUCGCGGCGCUCCUCCUCCGUUCGUUUGGCCGGCAAACUCGCCCGAUCUAACCCCAAUGGAUUUUUUCCUUUGGGGUUACGUGAAGGCAAAAGUAUACAGUGUUCAAGUCGCGUCGUUACGCGAACUAAAGCAAAAAGUUCGCGAUGUGGUUGCGGAGAUUUCAGUGGAAAUGUGUCGCGCAGCUUUGCGCAACUAUCCGAAGCGAUUGCGACGGUGUCUUGAUGUUGGUGGUCAAAGUGUGGAAAGGAGUUACCCAGCAACCAACGAUGAACAAUCUCAUUAG